UUAAAAAUGAAAUUGUGUUUCGCAUCGCACGUGAGAAACCAGUCAGCAGUCACACAUGUCACAUCAGAAGAGGAAACAUGACGUGUCGCGAAUAAAAAAAAGAAAAAAUGAGGGAAUAACAUAGAAGAAUGGUGAGUGGAGCAGGAGAAGAAAUCCCUUGGCCUUAAAUUCACCGAAGAAGAGGUGACGUGUCUCUGUGGAGAAGGAGAAGCAGUCAAGGCCAAGAGUUAGCGAGUGAGUGCGCGCAAAAAGGGAAAAAGAAAACAAAAAAAGAAGAAGCACACAAACACACACACUAACAUAACACAACAGUCAACGUUUUGCAUUGUCUGUAUUAUGUGUGUGUUGGGUUUGUGCAUUAAACCUCAAUUGCACAGUACCUUCUUUUUUCUCUCUCUCUUUAUGUCUGAAUCUGAGUCUUAAGUCUUAACACAGACCAAAAACCCUAUCACCAUUCAAACACCAUUCCCCUCAUCAUCACCAUGAUGGCUCCUUCUCAUCCACCCCAUCAACUUCAUUAUCAUCAUUGGGCCCCAUCUCCAUCUCCAUCUCCGUCUCCAACGCCACUCGUUAACAAGUCUUCCUUAUCCCCGUCGUCAAAGUUGCCAGCGGUGGACUUCACCCCGCCUUUAAUAGCAAUGGUGGUGGUUGUCGCCACCGCCUUUGUCGUCGUUACUUAUUCUCGCCUUAUCGCCCGCCACCUCAGACCUCCCAUCCACCGCCUACUCCGGCGGUUUCGGCGGCGGUCCUUCCUACCGUCAUCAUUGAGCGACGUUGACUCCCUCCCUUACGAGUCACCUUUCGAUGGCCCACAUCAUGUGAUGUUCUCUCCUUACGGUCUUGACGAGUCUGUUAUCAAAACCAUACCUUUCUCUCUCUACACCGCCAAAUACGACAACCGUUUCGAGGAUUCACGCCGUGACUGCGCCGUUUGCUUGCUCGAAUUCGAAGACGACGAUUACGUUCGCACGCUUCCCGUUUGCUCCCACACUUUCCACGUUGACUGCAUCGACGCUUGGCUUCGUUCCCACGCUAACUGCCCUCUCUGCCGUGCCGGAGUUCUCUGCGCUCAAUCUCCGUUCACGCCAAUGAUGGCCGCAAGGAUCCGACCUAGCCUCGACGACGACGCCAUUCUCCACCGGAUUAAUAUGGAACCCAUCCUCGAUGCUCCGCUUCCGCCGCCGUCUCACUCCUCCUUCCCGGAGAUCGUGCCCUGCGUCGACGACCACUCUCCGAGGAGGAACAACGGCAAUUCGGAGGAUCGGUUUAACGGAAGGGACUUUCUCCUGAAGCGGUCCUAUUCGUUCGGGUUCGAGCGGAGCCUGGCGUCGGAGAGGAUGGUUAUGGAGCCGGCGACUGCGUCGCCGUGGCGGUACCGGAGAGGGAGCAACAGUUUCUGGAGUAAGAGGCCGUCGCCGUUUGGAUCGCUGGGGAAGCCGCGGGUGUUUUCGUUCAGGUAUUACAGAGGGAUGAAGUCUCCGUUUUUCCGGCGAAGGGGGUUCUUUCCGUUGUCGGAGUCCAGCAUGAGGUACGGCGGCGGCGGGAGCUCGUCACGGCGAAGCAAGUCGAUAGCAAGCCCCAUGUUCAUGAGAUCAUCCGGUUUGGGAACGGCGGGUUUUUCGUCAAGCCGGCUGAGGUGCGGUGAUCCCGAGGCGCUGCUGUCACCGGAGAGGUUUAACAGAAGAUGAAGUGAAAUGGUCAAAAUGUAAAAGGGUUGAAUAUAUUUGAUUUUGACGAAAAUACCCCUGAGAGUGGACACGUGGAAGUACGGGACAGGUUGAUGGUGCAUGAGUGGGAGCUUCGAUCGGAGAUGGGUGGUGUAAUUGACGGAGAAUGGAGGGUGAUGGUGUGGGUCAGGUCAAUGAGGAAUUAAAUGGAGGUGGUAGCAUGCGUUUAAUUUAAUGGGACUGCUCUGCCAAUUUCUAGAGACUCAUUAAUUGAUGGUAACAAGUGCAUUUAAUUGGAUACAGAGACCUAAACUAAAGAAUACAAGAGAAGAUAGUUUCUUUUCUAUUUCCCCCCCCCCCCCCCCCCCCCUCUCUCUCUCUCUCUUAUCUAUUAUUCUCCGUGCCUUUGAUCAGACUCUGAUGGAGUAAGGGGCAGUUUUAAAGAGGAAGCUCAUAAAUGAGAGGAGGAUAAGAUAGAGGUUGGGCUUGGCCCCUUUCAUGUAUUUUACAACCUCAUGUCAUGGGGGCAUUUGACAAAUGGGUUGUGUUUCCACUUCCUUGUUUCAUGAGGUAGCAAUUUAGUUUUGUUUAUGCCACCGACUGAAAAAAGAAAAAGAAAACCCCAUGUGAAACAAUUCAAGAUACAAAUGACAUAAAUUGUAGUGACCUAGGGUGACUCUCUAGGCUUUUGCCCACAGACGUA